AUGUCUUUCUCGCCAGACGAAGACAUCCCUAGUUUGGCCGGGAAGGUCAUACUUGUAACGGGCGGCAACAGCGGACUGGGUAAAGAGACGAUCCUCCAACUCGCAAAGCAUGAGCCGCGUCAAAUUAUAAUGGCAGCGCGAUCGCAAAGUAGAGCUGAAGACGCCAUCAAGGAGAUCGAGAUCGCAGUUCCUGGGUCGAGAAUCGCUUUCUUAGCCCUGGAUCUUUCGUCCUUCGCCUCAAUCAAGAAAGCUGCAGCUUCAGUCUUGCAAGAAUACGAUCGCCUGGAUGUACUCCUCAACAACGCAGGGCUCUUCGGCGUCCCCCCUGGGUUGACCGAAGAUGGCUAUGAAAUGCAGUUUGGAUCGAACCACAUGGGCCCUGCACUGUUCACACGGCUCCUUCUUCCACUGCUGGAGAAGACCUCAGAACUGCCGGACAGCGACGUGCGUGUGAUCCAGCUUAGCUCGGAAGGCUACAAGUUUGCUCCCAAAGGCGGUAUUCUUUUCCCGCGACUGAGAACCGAGAUGGCGGAGAUUUCCGGGAAUGCUCGCUACGCGCAGUCUAAGUUGGCGAACUUGUACUUCAUCAAGAGCAUGGCAAAUCGUUAUCCAAAGAUCAUAUGGAUUCGGCUGUUCUUCACCGACGUGCAGACGGGUGCACUCGGACAGUUAUGGGCCGCAACGGGCCGCGCUGACGAAUUAGAGUCGGGUGCUUAUUACACGCCGCUCAAGAAGAGAAUCUGCGGGGUAGACCUGGUCAACGACGAUGCACUAGCUGAGAAAUUGUGGGAAUGGACUGAGAAGCAAUUCGUGUCAUGCGGCUUGUUUAUUGGUCCGUUGGUUUAG